GUUUUCCUUUGUAAAUUAAGCAAAAGUUUCUUAAUUUUUUUUAAAGAAAGGAAGUUUUGUGAAAAUAAAUUUAGUUAAAUUACAUUUACACAUAUCUAGUUACAACAUGGAAACUUUGCUGGAACAGCAACGUCGCUACCAUGAGGAACGUGAACGUUUAAUUAAACUAAUGGUAGAUGAAUACGCCAGUAAAAAAUCUGGAGAAAAAGAACGCAUUUAUUCGGAGCAUAGACUAAAGUAUUUACUGGAAUUACAUCAUAAUUCUACGGUUAAAUUGAAAGAAUUGUGCGAAGAUAAAGAUAAUGAACGAAAGGCAGAAAUCCAAGCUUUAUCCGGUCCAAAUGAGUUUAAUGAGUUUUAUAAUCGUUUAAAACAAAUUAAAGAAUUUUACAAAAGGCAUCCGAGCGAAGUUAGUAUUCCCUUAUCGGUGGAAUUUGAUGAUUUAGUUAAGGCCUAUAAUAAUACAGAAGAAAUGUCUGCAUUAGUAGAGUUUACGGAUGAAGAGGGUGGCGGAAGAUAUUUGGAUUUAAAUGAAUGCUAUGAUAUGUAUUUGAAUUUAAGAGGCGUGGAGAAAGUAGACUACAUCACGUAUCUGAUGACUUUCGAUCAUGUUUUUGAUGUAUCGAAGGAACGUAAAAACAAGGAUUAUAAAAAAUAUUUGGAAACUUUAAAUGGGUACUUGCACAAUUUUAUAGUUCGCAUUCAACCACUAUUGGAUCUGGAAAACGAGGUCUUAAAAGUUGAGCUGGAAUUUCAAAAGCAAUGGUUGCAGGGCACUUUUCCUGGUUGGGCGUCCAAGGAAACUGAAUCAGCUUUGGCUAACACAGGUGCUCAUUUAGAUCUAUCGGCCUUCUCCAGUUGGGAAGAAUUGGCUUCCUUAGGUUUGGAUCGUCUUAAAUCUGCCCUUAUGGCUUUGGGUUUGAAAUGUGGUGGCACUUUAGAAGAAAGAGCCCAACGUUUAUUUUCCACGAAGGGUAAAACUACUUUGGAUCCUUCGUUGAUGGCGAAAAAGCCGGUUAAAAGCUCUAAUGUGCAAUCACGCGAAAACGAGCGGCACAAAGAAAUUGCCCAACAAGAAGCUUAUCUCUAUAAAUAUGCUGAACUGGUGUCCGAACAACGCAGUGCCACCAAAGAAAACGUUCAACGUAAGCAGGCUCGUACGGGAGGAGAACGUGAUGACAGCGAUGUGGAAGCGAGUGAUACAGAUAACGAUGACGAUCCGGAUGCUGAUGACGUGCCAUAUAACCCGAAAAAUUUGCCUUUGGGCUGGGAUGGCAAACCCAUACCAUAUUGGUUAUAUAAAUUGCAUGGUCUGAAUAUAAGCUAUAAUUGCGAGAUUUGUGGUAACUUUACAUAUAAAGGACCCAAAGCAUUUCAAAGACAUUUUGCUGAGUGGCGUCAUGCUCACGGCAUGCGCUGUUUGGGUAUACCAAAUACCGCGCAUUUCGCAAAUGUUACACAAAUUGAAGAUGCCAUUACUUUGUGGGAGAAGCUGAAAUCACAAAAGCAAUCUGAACGUUGGAUAGCCGAUCAAGAAGAAGAAUUUGAAGAUUCGCAGGGUAAUGUGGUUAACCGUAAAACCUAUGAAGAUUUGAAAAGACAAGGCUUGCUUUAAAUUUCAUGUAAAUGGAAUUUUAUUUUAAACUAAAUAAAAUAAACUCUGAGCGGCAAUUUCUAGCGGACAAUAUCGGCCAUAAGACUUA